AUGGAUCUUUCUGAAAAAUAUCGAUUAUUGGGAAAUGAUGCUCAUCGCAGAGGAGACUACCAUAAAGCCAUUGAGCAUUACUCCCAAGCAUUGCAAAUUUCCCCUCAAAAUGCACAAUUAUAUAGCAAUAGAUCAGCAUCUCAUUUUAUGCUAAAGCAAUUCCAAGAAGCUUUGGGGGAUUGCCACAAUGCUUUAAGGUACAACCCAAACUUCACCAAAGCUCUUCUGAGGGCUUCUAAAAUUAAUUUAAUGCUUGGAAACCUUGAUGCUUCUCAAGAGUUUUGCAGGAAUGCAGCAGCUAUUGAACCAGAAAAUCUAGAAAUUAAAAAUGAACAGAAAGCAAUAGAGGAGGUGAACGAAAAUCUGAAGCUCGCGAAGCAAUCUAAAGCACGAGGAGAUUAUCAUCAGAGUGUUUAUUUUCUUAGCAAGGCCUUGGAACAUGUCACUGAGAAUCUUGAAUUAAAAUUGCAAAAGCUUGAUUGCUUAAUAGAAGAAGAAAACUAUGAACAUGCUGAAAGGUAUGCUAAUGAGUUAAUGAAUUCAUAUGGAAAUAAUCCCGAUAUCUUAUUUCUUAAAGGGAAAGCCUUAUUGUAUUCUGGGAAAACCAAUGGAGGAAAACAGUUUAUUUAUGAUGCUAUCAAAUUCGAUCCUGAUCAUAAUAAUGCCAAAGAGAUAAUCAGAAAAUUAAAAAAAAUUGAAAAUUUGAAAGAUGAGGGAAAUAAGCAUUUCCAAGAAGGGAAAAGAAAAUAUGCUAUUGAUUGCUACACAGAAGCACUGUCAAUUGACCCCAAAUGUAAAAAAUUGAAUUCCAUGAUACUUGCUAACCGAGCAGCAGCUCAUAUGAAGAAUUCUGAUUAUAUGCUUUCUCUAGCUGAUUUAAACCAAUCAUUACAACUCAACCCUGAGUACACCAAAGCUUAUAUGAGAAGAGGAAAUGUUCACUCACAACUCGGGAAUUUUGAAGAAGCCUUAAGAGACUAUUAUCAAGUUAAACAACGUGAUCCAGGCUACCCUGAAGUUGACAAUGCAAUACAGCUUGCUCAAAUUAACGAAAAGAAAGCACGGCACAAGGAUUAUUAUGCAAUUUUAGGGGUAAGUAAAAAAGCAAGUGUCGGCGAGAUUAAAAAAGCUUAUAAAAAACUAGCAUUGAAAUGGCAUCCUGAUAAAAAUUCAGAUACUCCAGAAAACAAAGCUCAAUCAGAGAAAAAAUUUAAAGAUAUUGCAGAAGCAUAUAUGGUUUUAAGUGAUGAAAAUAAAAGACGGCAAUAUGAUUUAGGGGGAAAUUUGGAAGGAAUGGAACAAGGAAUGCCAGAAGGGGCACAAUUUGAUGUGGAUCCGAGAGAAAUAUUUAGAAUGUUCUUUGGGGAUAGUGGAGGUUUAGUUUUUGGAAAUAGGGCCUUUGGAGGGAGAGAAGCGCAACAAUUUGCAGGGCCGAGAGAAGGAGAGUUUUACUCGACUGGGCAAAGAGGAAACUAUAAGUUUGUCUUUCGAACGAACAGUGCUGGAAGAGAUUAUUAUUAA